AUGAUGGAUGGAAAGCUAGCUCUGGUCACAGGGGCAUCGUCCGGUAUAGGGAAAGCUAUCGCACAAAAAUUAACACAAGAAGGUGCCAAGGUUGUUGGAACCGGUCGUAACGAAGAAUCUCUGGCUCAAUUAAAAGCAGACGGGGAUCUCUUAGGAUAUGUAGUUGGUGACUUGUGUCAAGAUGGAGUGUGUGAGCGCAUAGUGCGAGAGGCUGUGGAACAGCUUGGUGGACUCACAACGGUGAUCAACUGCGCGGGGGUCCUAGUGGCUGGGGCGAUGGGUUCGGUUUCAUUGGACAACUAUCUUUUCAAUUUCCGCGGAAAUGUCCAAUCCACUUUCGAAGUGAUGGAGCAUGCCAUCCCACAUCUACGCAAAGCAGGUGCUGCGAGCGGCCCUUGCAUCAUCAACAUAAGCAGUGUCAAUGGCAAACAGAGCGCUGGUGGGGUAGCCACGUAUUGUGCGUCGAAAGCUGCGGUUGACCAACUGACACGCUGUGCGGCCGUUGAUCUGGCACCGGAUGGCAUCCGAGUGGUUGGGGUAAAUCCUGGGGUCAUACGCACGCCACUGCAACAAAGAGGCGGUAUGAGCAAUGAGGCUUAUGAGAAAUUCUUGGAACGGACGAUUAAUUACACACAUCCGAUCGCGAAGGCACUCGGUCGCGUUGGUGAGCCUGAAGAAGUCGGUGAGCUCGUCGCGUUCCUAGCAGGAGACAAGGCCAAAUUUAUCACUGGGGAAUGCAUUGCUAUCGAUGGGGGUCGACAGUGUUUGGGUGCUAGAUAA